AUUCAUAGCCAAGAGUCUGGCCCACCGCAUAGAUCCCGAGAAGUUCGAGUCCUAUGUUCCAUUUCUCCAAGCAAAGCACCCGUUGCCGCCAGUUGCCGUCGCCGACCUCUUCUUACGACCGCAACCUCACAAUCACGAGAGCCUCGACCCCCGAGUCCCACGCUACCUCCAGGUCCUCUCGAGCCUGAACCAUAUCGAUACGCCUUCGAUCCUUAAAGCUUUGUACAAGUAUUCGACCUCUCGUGGACACUCCCGAGAAGCUGUGCAGUUGCCUAAUGCCGAAAACCAAACAUCAGAUUCCCCGCGAUGGGAGAGCUCAUAUGCGGCCGAGGAGGUCAUGUUCUACAGGCUUACCAAGUUCGUAGCGCAAGGGACCGCAAUACAAAACACAGGGACGGGUCUUGAGAUUGCCAACAUCAUGGCCAAGUGGAUUGCGCUCUUCACAGACGCCGCCACAGCCUUCACGGUCGAUGUUAUGGGGCAGCUUCACAACAGUCAGGUGAGGGAGGAGAUGGAAUCGGCGCGUGCCGCAUUUGUAGCUUUGCUUCUCGGAGUGUGCGAAAACCAGGUUGUUCUCAAGGCUUUGAGUAAACCCGAGGCCCAAGAAAUCAGAAAGGCAUUGUCCGAAAGCCUCGCCAACUUUGUACCAACCAUCAUGCAAAGUGCUGGCCCUAUCGCGACUCGUCUCGAUAUGUUCCGGACAAGUACGCUAGCAGGCUUUGAGCCAGUCGACGAGCAGAAGAACAAGUCGAAUGCCGAGAUCGAGGACUUGUUCGACUCUACGGUAGCACUGGAGAACUUCGUAGUGUCUGAACUACCGAUAGUCAAUUCGAGAGCUGGUCUUUACAUAUACUUGAAUGCUGCACUAGUUGGCCGGCCAUUGAUCGACGAUCUAGCCAUCUUCAACUACUUGAAUAAUAGAUACCAGGGCGAUGUACAAUCAACAACUGUUGACCUCAUCCUGGUCUCGUUCGACAUACUUGCCAAUGCUGCCUCCCGCAAUGAAGGGAAUCAAGCGGCACAUCUCUUGCGCUCAUUCCUCAUGAACAAACUGCCGAUUCUGAUUGAAAGUCUGAGCAAGCACAUGUACGGCCCGGUGAAUGCAGAGUACUGCAUCACAGAAGCUCUCAGCCGCGUCGACACGACCACCUUUCCCACUCUAUCAUCAAUGUUCGAUGAAACUAGAAGUAACAACCCGUUCACAGACUCAGUUCGAGAAGACUUUUGCUGGGCUUGCUGUCUCCAUGGUCUAUUGCGGGAAAGCAGCAUUGAGACCCUUCUUGGAGAAACACCCUAUUCGUCACUUCCAGCAGGCGGAAGAUACGUCAAAGAAAACCUCGUCGCAGAAUGCCUCGCAGAUCCGGAGAGAAUGCAGGCUCUGAUUGGCGAGCUGGACAGUAAAGAAGGAAACGCCGGCGCCGUGUGCCAAGCCUUAACAGAAGUGAUGGGACAGCUUUGUAGGAAUAAGGAGACAAUGUCCCUGAAACUAUUGUGUAGCCAAUUGGCGCAGAAGCCAUUGUCUCUUGAUGUCAUGCUGAUGUUCGAGAAACCUGCAACGAUUCUUCACCCUUUGUGCGACCUUCUGGACAACUGGAAGUACGACGAGGACCAGGGAGAAUACCAACCCGUGUACGAGGAAUUUGGCUCCAUUCUGCUUCUCGUCAUGGCUUUUGCAUAUCGUUAUGGUCUAUCGGCAUCAGAUAUGGGCAUCAUAUCCUCUGACUCUUUCGUGGCAAGAUUACUCGGCCACGGCCACCAAAGUCGGUCCUUGGAAGAGCUAUCAGACCAAGAAAAGGGCCAUUUGGAUGGGUGGAUCCACGGCCUCUUUGACUCGGAAGCGGGCGGGCUGGGCGAUGAGCUGAUGUCGUCCUGCCCGCCUCAAGACUUCUACUUACUCGUAUCGACUCUGUUCCAUAAUAUUGUUCUGGCGUUCAGUACAGGACACUUAACCGAAGAAAGUCUCAGAGGAGGCAUUGAAUAUCUUGUCGAUACGUUCCUUCUCCCAUCCCUCGUCGUAGCCAUCACUUCUCUUGCCAACUCGUUGUGGGUUGAGCGUUCUGACUGCCAAAAGGCGAUUGUCAGGGUACUCAACUCUGUUUUGGCGCCAACGUCUAUAUCCAAUGAGGCGCAAGCCAUGCUCUCUUCUGUGAUGAACAUAGUUGCUAAGCCACUGGAGCAUUCCCUCAGGGCAUACCAACGAUCAGACCCAAAGAGCCAAGAGGUUGAGCCACUUUUGAAAGCAAUCAAAGAUAGUAUCCCACUCUCCAGGAGAACGGGGGCGGCCGACCACCAAGAGCUGGAUGCUUGGUCAAUGGGAGGGUUCUCUAAUUCUAUCCGGCAGACGCUGCAGCAAUUGGUGCAGUGGAGUAUUCACCCAACAAUGGACAGGAUGCCUCCAGCGUACACCCAUCGACAGAUGCUGGUAGCGAUGAAACUUCUUGGUGCAAAGCGUCUGCUGCAGCUCCUCUACGAAGACAUCAGACAGCAAACAGAAACAGGCAGCGGGAGCAUCAUUUACGAUGUGGCGACAGCAUUAGUCUGCGCGCCCGAUGUAGUGAACACGCCGUCGAACCCGAUCAACUUUAUCGACAAUUCAGGCAAUGUACCGGCCCCCGUUCAGAGGAAGCUUACUCUACGAGAGGUGCUGAAGUCAGACGCCGAGGAAUGUAAAAAAUUGCAAAAGAUCGACAUGAACCUAGCCGAGAUUGUUGUGAGGCUGUACCGCAAGGUAGAGACUCAGAUGGCCGUGUCCCAGGCCGAGGUCAUCCAAGCAGACACGAUGCUGCAGACUGAUCUUGGUCUGGGCCUAGACGCUGGCGCAGGGUCACUCGAUGAUGCCAUGGCUGCCGCGGCUGCCAAUGUUGCGCAAGGCGACGGAAUGUCUGUGGACAAUGUCAGUCUCGAUUUAGGCUUAGGUGUCGGCGGUGAUCUGGGCCUCGGGGGCUCAUCGACCAACGGUGGAGGGUCACUCGAUCUCGGUGCCGACGAUCUAUUCAGUGGCCUCGGCGCUGGCGACGAUUUCCAAUGGGACAACAUGGACCUAUCUUAGCACGGGAGUAUGUUCUCUUGAAAUAGUAGACGGGCAGCAGGAAUUCAUUGGUAUACAUGGAACUAGAAAUGAUCAACGACGAGGUCUUGACCUCACAGGAUAGUAGGUCAUACUGUAUCAGAUACCAUCAAAAAGCAUUUCGGAAUUUCAUCCACC